CAACCUGACUGGCAGUGGAGUGGCUGUUUUUCCUCGCCUCCGCUUAUCUGCUUGUAGUCUUCUUUUACGCGAGAUACUCGGCUGAGCUCGUAUCGUUUAUGAAUCAAUUAUCUGCCAGAAAUCCGUUCUGACAAAACAUUUACAUAUUUGAGGUGGACUGUAAAAUAUACUCCUAUAUAUUGGAGAAAGAGAGACCAGGCAAAAGGGAAGUGUAUCCAACCUACUCUUUUCCAAAUGGAUGGGAUGAAACCAGAAGCGACGGCUGAGGAGAAUCAGGAUGAAAGGGAAGAAAGCAAAGGCUGCUUCGAGUGUUGCAUCAAGUGUCUGGGCGGUGUCCCUUACGCCUCUUUGGUGGCCACCAUCUUGUGCUUUUCGGGUGUUGCUCUGUUCUGCGGCUGUGGGCAUGUGGCACUUACGGGCACUAUGACCAUGGUGGAAAACCACUUUUCUCGUGUCACCUCUGACCAUGCUACUCUCACUGAUGUGGUUCAGAUUUUGCAGUACAUCAUCUAUGGAAUUGCCUGUUUCUUCUUCCUGUAUGGCAUCAUCCUGUUGGCUGAAGGCUUCUACACCACCAGUGCUGUCAAAGAGAUGCACAGCGAGUUCAAGACCACUGUGUGUGGACGCUGCAUCAGUGCCAUGUUUGUGUUCCUCACCUACAUUCUGGGCUUGGGGUGGCUGGGCAUCUUUGGCUUCUCUGCGGUGCCCGUUUUCCUGUUUUAUAACAUGUGGACUGCUUGUGGAGCCAUGAAGUCCCCUAUUGCCAAUCUCACCUCUGUGGACAAUAUCUGUGUCGAUGUGCGGCAGUAUGGAAUCAUCCCGUGGAACGCUAUUCCUGGUAAAGCCUGUGGCUCCACACUAAGUGCUAUCUGCAAUACUAGUGAGUUCUAUUUGUCCUACCAUCUUUAUAUUGUUGCCUGUGCUGGAGCUGGAGCCACUGUGAUCGCACUGAUCCACUACCUGAUGAUCCUGGCAGCAAACUGGGCCUAUCUCAAGGGACUGUGUCAGCAGACUCAUGCCUACCAGGACAUCAAAACCAGAGAUGAUCAAGAGCUGCAGGAUGUGCAGUCACGCUCAAAGGAGGGUCUAAACUCCUACUCAUAAACAGUUCUCCCAACUCUUAUCUACCCAACCUCUAUCUAACCUGCUCUAGACCACACCAACACACACACACACACACCUGCCACCCUCAGAUGAAACACUAUACACAAACUAACACUGCUAAGCACUGCGCUAUCCUGACUAUACAUCAUAACAGUGGUAUAAGUUGGUUAUAAUCAUGAUGAAACAUGUCAGGCAAGAUAUUAAACAUCUGUAACAAAUGAUGAGUGGAAUCAUGCAGUUUAUGGUGAUAGGAUGUGUUUUUCUCAUCUACAUGGUGCAAAAGACCACUGGUAUAAAAGUGUAUGUAUUCUAGUAUCGUACUGUCAUUUGCAAGUAUUUUGAAUUGCUAGAAAGUGUACGUACAGUGUAGAGUCAUGGUUAUAACUGGGUUAUGUUUGGUUUUAUGAUGCAUUGUCUUGGUUAAGCGCUGCUUAAAUGAUAAACUGUCUGCACUAACUCCUCACAGACAAUUUGCAGGAACUUCCUACCUUUUUUUUUUUUUUUGCCGUUUUAUACAUAUAUAAAUAUAUAUAUAUAUAUAAUUGUGUGAAAGUGAAUGAAUGUUGUUGUUUUUUUUUAUUUUUUUUUAUUAUGGGUCCCAGGUUGUGUAUUGAAAAUGUCUGCUUAUUUAGAAUUUUUCUCUGAUCUCUAUGGCUUCUAUCUCUCAGAUCUCUAUCUUAGAUGUCUGAAUUCACCUUUUUACAACUCUCUUUCUUACUUUAUUUUUUGGAGGGGGUGGGGAACAAUACUGGUUCUUGACAAAUUGCACUAAUCUUGUAAUAGAAAGCCGGCGUAUUAACACACAUACACACAUACACGCACGCAUGCACAUAAAUUAGAAAAGAA